AUGGAGGGUGAUGAAAGUGACAGUGAUCUCAAACAAUCUAGCGUUGCUAUUAUAAGAGAAGUUUACGAUAGUGAAAAUGCUCACCUUAAAUUUGAGAUGGAAUUGGAAAGAGCACUUGAGGCUGGAGUUAGUGUAAUUGUGAUCGAACCAGAACCAUUAGGAGAAGAAACAGCCCGAUGGAUUUAUGUGGGAAAUCUAUUACAUAAAGUGUCAUUGUACAGUGGAUUAUGCAGCAUCACAACAGGUUUAGCAUGGAAUUCUUUAAUAUGCACCCCUUUUGGAGUGAUGUCAGUUCUAUGUGCUGGUUGUUAUACUCUGUCAUGGCAAUGGGACCCAUGUUGCAAAUAUCAAGAAGAAAAGGAUCGACAUCAUUUAUCAACCUUGCCAAUGUUAAGUGAUCUUACUUCAGCCACACCUGUUGUACUGGUACGCACAGAUAAUAGACGGAAAAUUAUGUUACAUAGCACAUUAUCUAUAGCAGCAGCUUCUAUUUGUUUGUGGAGACUGUAUCAAACAUUUAAAUAA